GGGGAGCGCGCAGCGUUGAGUCAAAGCCGUUUGGAGUCUGCAUGAAAUAUUAGCGGCAAUUGUGCUUACUCAUAAGUAGUAGCCUUUUAUCUCCUCCUCCCCUUUUUUUUUCCUUUUUCUUUUUCCAAUGCCGUGUCAUUUGUGUUCCAACAGGGGUGUGACUUCAGAUUCUGCUCUCCUCCCUGUUUAGGUCCCUCAUUACUUCAGGCGCGCUUCAUAUUGGAAUAGAAGUGGUAGCAAAACUUAAGACGCCGGCUUUCUGGACAGAUUUGUGUGAGCUGCGAGAGGAAACUCCUUCGUCCUUGGGUACAAGAUCUGGAAGCGGGAGCAAUGGCCAAGUUCUGGUUGUGUGCAGCCGUUGGAUUUUACGUGUUGCUGCCGCUUUGUGCAGCCCGAAUGGAUUUGAAUAUAAGUUGUAGAUAUGCAGGUGUUUUCCAUGUAGAGAAGAAUCAACGCUACAGUCUUACGAGAGAAGAGGCUGUUCAGCUUUGCGAAGCACUUAAUAGUACCAUCCCAACAUUUGAACAAAUGCAAAAAGCCUUUACCCUCGGUUUUGAAACUUGCAGAUAUGGUUAUAUAGAAGACAAAAUCGUACUUCCCCGGCAUACUCCUUAUUAUCUCUGUGCAGCAAACAACACAGGAAUUUAUGUACUUUCCUCAAAUAUUUCUGACCGAUACGAUACAUAUUGCUUCAAUUCAUCAGAAUCAAGAGAUGUUGCUUGCGAGCCAGUGAAAAAGUUAUAUUCUGCUUUGCCUAAUAAUAACAGCAGUAUUGAAAUUUUCAAUGCUGAUGGGUCACGGUAUUUUGAAGGAAAGAAGGUUACAGAAAGCCCACCAGUUACUGAAGAUGACAGCAGUGUGGGCAGUGGUUCUGCAAUUGGCAGAGGAACUGCAGAUCAUAGUGACUUCACACCAGAGGAUGAUACCACAACAUUUACACCAGUAUAUGAAACAGAAGACCACCAUUAUCUGCAUCCAGGAAAUCCUGAAGAUCAAAACCCCCAGAAUCCUACUGAAGAAAAUUCAAAUCAUGGAAAGCAUCAUGGAAAUUCUAGUCAAGAUCAGCAAAUCACUGAAGAUUUUCCAUUAUGGUGGCCACCUGAAGAACAUAAAGGAAUGCAGAAUACAACCUCCAGUGAGGAUCCUAGUUUUGAAGAUGAUGAUGAUGAUGGUGGUGGUGAUGACGAAGAAGGGUCUGGGCAAAAAAAUCCUGAAACAGUUCUUGAGUGGGACAACAGUGGUGAUAAGGAACUUCAGACAUCAAAUACCACUGUGAACUCCAGCAAAGAUAUCAAACAAGAAGAAUCAGCCCACAAUAUAUUGCUACCUGCUGUACAUUCUGGAAAGGAAAGUGAAGUCAGUUACUCAACAAAUGACACAAGUGCGGAUGUCCUACCUGGAAUUGUUGAACAAUAUUCAACCACUACCGCUGUGUCCUCCAGUGAUGAUUUCUUCAAGCAGGAAGACUCAAAGCAGCCUCAACUGGAAGGUGCAUCUUCUGAACUGGUAAUUGAAGAAACAGUAUCCCCCGCAAUCAAUACUUCAGAUGUGUUACAUCCAGUAUUUCUCCCUUCCGAAGAAAAAGAAAUUAUCCUGGAAAAAGAAUCUUUUCAUCACCCAGUUACAUUCUUCAAUGGAAGUAUUGAACAUGAAGAAGAACAUCAACAUCAGCCAUCAGCUGUUGAUACAGUUGCACAAAGGAGUCAAAGUUCUGUUGCAAACAGGACAAUCCUACAAGUCCUACAUGAUGUCCUACAAGUACUUGUAACUCCAAGGGACAGCUAUUAUGAAAAUGCAUCUUCUCAGUCAGCAGUAGUUUCCAGUGUUAGCACUGACUCUGAAGUUCCGACUCGUGAUUCAUUAUUACACUUAAAGAAUAGUGAAGAAAGAUAUCACACAAACACAUCUAGAGAGCAAUUGCUGCCUGGAAUUCUUCAUCCAACUGCAACAACUGUAGUCUCCAAGGAGAAAGGCAAAGGCAACGAAACCACACAAAAUCCAUUUUAUGACAUCUAUCCAGGACUGGACAAUAAAAACGAUCUCACUGAGAACAAAACUAGGGAUGAUGUUCAAUCUGAAAUUAUUCAGAUUGAGAGAAAGCCUGAAUUGGAAACAACUCAGACAGCUAUGAUUUCCACUGAACCUGAUGAUUAUAAGGAUUCUACCCAAGAUCCAUUGAUUAAGGAAGAUCCUGAUUUGAAAGAAAAACUUCACCCUACAAAUUCAUCAAUAAAUGAUUUCAUACCUGGAAUUAAUAAUCUCCCAGACAAUGUGCAAGAGAACAAAACAUCACAUACAGUUGCCAUACUCAAGGAUCUUGAAGAUUCAGCUCAAUCACCAUUGCCUCCUAUUUACCAGCCAGACUGGAUCAGUGAAGAAAAACCUACUAAUACUUCCAGUAAUGACAUGGAAAUCAGUAAAUAUCAUGAAAAUGAACGUGACUCUUAUGAAGAUAUGGGCUUUUAUGGGACCAAAGAAGAUCCAACCUCAGAACCAGUGAGGCAAUGGGUUAGUGAAGACAAGUAUACUACAAAACCCACAAUGGAUGUGUUAUAUCCCGGAAUUGUUCCUCGAAGAGGAAUAAAUCAAAAAAAUAAAACUGAUCAUACAGGUCCUGAUCCAAACAAACACGGUGUAGUGAGAGACAAAAAUGUGACACCUUUGCCGGAAGAGUCAGGAAACAAUCAACCCCGAAUGGCUCAUAUACCAGAUUGGCUUAUUGUAGUUGCUUCUCUUUUGGCCCUGGCAUUGAUUCUUGGUGUUUGCAUUGCUGUAAACAGUCGAAGGAGAUGUGGGCAGAAGAAGAAGCUUGUGAUUAACAAUGGCAAAGGAGGCAUAGAUGAGAAGAAGAAAGAUGGAUUAAAUGGAGAAGCCAGCAAAUCUCAGGAAAUGGUGCAUUUGGUACAAAAAGAGAAAUCAGAAGACCAAAAGGGCCCACAUGAUGAAUUCCAGGCAAUUGAUGAAACACAGAACCAACAGCCCUUGAAGAGUGACAUGUAGGAAGGCUGGCCAAUCAAAUUGAAUCAGAGUUGUGGGAAACAAAAAGCAUCAUACUGAACUGGGACUAAAACUCAGAAAUGCAAUGAGCUACUGAUCUCUUUAAAGCAUAAUUAAGCAUACAUUUUCUUGGUUUUUUUUUCUUUUGUAAUGGUCAGCUACAAAAAUAAUAUGUCAUUUUUGGUUUUGCCCAACAUUGCAUCACUUUGCCCAGUUUUAAUUAGUGAUCAUCAUCUUACUGCUAGCAUUUGUUCCCUAGUUGCAGUCUGUUUGUUAAGGCAAAACACCAAAAUUUAUUUUGCCUGACCUACAGAAUUUUUGGACUUUCCAGAAUCUGCAGCCAUUAAAGCAUUAUAGUAAAAUGUAUUCCCACGGAAUUCACAUUGAUAGGCUAUCUUGAGGUUUGACACAUAGAUUUUGGAAUUCAAUUUUUAUUGGUCAGUUACAAAAUUGUCAGAUUUAUUAAAUCUCAUUAAUGUUUUAAUAUUUUGGAAUUACAUGUUGUAAUAGUUAAAUAUGAAAAGCAUGUUUUUACACAUUCCACAGAUCUUCACCAUGUUAAAAUCACACUCACUAAAAAGGGUGGAAAAAC